CAGACCUCCUCUCCAAUCCGCUGGACGGUGUCUCCUCCAUUCAUUUGGCUUUUGCUUUUGGGAGUGGGAUUGAUCCAUCCUUCCCUCGCCUCUCGCGGGAGGGGAGCGAGCGAGCGCGCGCGCGAGAGAGAGAGAGAGAGAGGUAGUGCGCUCUCUUCCUUCUUCUUUGAUCUUCCCCUUUCUUCUUCCCUUUCUCGCCUCGCCCCUCGAAACCCCCAAAUAGCCACCAUGAUCCCUCGUUCUGUGUAGAGAGAGCUCAAAUCUUCUUCCUCCUCCUCCUCGGUUCUCCGAUCGAUCACGGCGGUCAUGACUGCUGGUAAGCGCCCAAGGCUGAUGAUGAGGAGGACCGUGAGCGUUGCCUCGCUCGGAGCAGGAGCAGCAGCAGCAGCAGCAGCAGCAGGAGGAUGCGGUGGAGAAGUGGCAGCGGCCGUGGCUGCCGGAUCUGAUCACCCUCUAUCGGCCGAUCACCAGUUCCAGCGCCCCCAGCAUCCGCAUGUUGUUGUUCCACACCAGGUGAUCGGCUUCGCAGCGCCCACCGAGGAUCCAUCUCCGUCGGCGGCCACCACCCUGCCUCCCUCGCCCGCCGGUACGAAAUCCAGGCCUUUCUCGGGUCUCAGCAUCCUUGCGGAUCCCAGCAACAAGGAGCUCGGGCCCUGUUCUCCUCACGGGAAGGUCGGCCUGGGGAUCGUAGCGGCAUUGGACAAGGACGAGUUAAGUGGUUCUUCUUCGCCAACUUCGGUGAUCCGAUCCUCCUUGGCCCAGGCCGGCGUCGUCGCUCCUGCGAAGAACUUCCACUACCAUCAGUCCGCUCGCUACAACAUGCACGACACUCACCAGCGCAAGCACAAGGAUGCCGCCGACUCCGCCACCUUCCACCUUUGCCUCGAGGCCAAUUCCACCAAGUGCGCGCUCCGGCCGUCGUUCACCACGCUCGGCUUCCUGGACUCGUGCUACCAGUGCAAGCGGGACAUCUCUCACGGCCGAGACAUCUUCAUGUACAAAGGUGACAGAGCAUUCUGCAGUGCUGAAUGUCGACACCAACAAAUUUUGAACGAUGAGCGUUUGGAGCGAAGAGAGAAGUGUACCUCAGCGGCGCUCAAGCAGAUGGGGAGUGUUCCUCAGCAGGUUCGUCACAACCAGCGGGCCAAAGUUACACCGGCAACCACUGCUGCUGCUGCUUAGGAUGGGGUCACAGCUUCUCUCCCGAUCAACGUCGCUCUAAUUUUGUGUAUUAUAUUGUCAAGAAGAAAAAUUUUUGCAAAGCGGGGUAUCAUGGAGGCAAGGAUCAAAGCUGUAGCCUCCAUAAGAGUCAAGUCUUUAAGCACGUAAUAACGAAAAAGAAAAAAAAAAA